UCACACGCCCAUCUGUUACGAUGUUACAGCAGUUUCUGUUUUAAAUGUAUUAGAAUGAAUGAGGAGAUCAUUUAUAGAGUUCAUAGAUCAAAACAGCGGACACCGUACGAAACAUUUUGGGCGCCAAGUCAUUAGACUCGUACAUCGUCAAAUACAUUUGUAAAACCUAGUACUAGCCAAAAUGUUUUGUAGCAUGUGAUCAUGAAUUUAAUAUAAAAUACAAAGCUAAUACAAUUAUUGUGAAACAGUAGAUACAAAACAAGUUUAACUAGUUGACUUCCACUUCUAAAUUGUAGUACAGUCGUCUUUGUUGACGUAAAUACGCGCGUUGUUGUUUUACGUCAGAGUUUUCUGCUGCAAAUUGGUAUUAUGACGCCAUAAUUAUUACUACACUCAUUCUGUGCAUAUAUGUAGGCCUAAUAUUAACCGUAAAUUGUUCCAACGCCGUCCACGACGCUUGUGUAGAUGGCAAGUGAAGCGUGGCUGGAGUCUUCCCUGCGCCGUUCAUCUAAACUCGGCCAGGAGGUGUUGGAGAAAGCAAAGAGACGAUCUGUUAACUCGACAAGCUCAAGGCCAAGAUCAUCAUUACAUAUGUUCAGUCAAAACAACGACCUCUCCCAUUCAAGCCUGGACCAUGCUUUUGCAACAAUAGUGGAGUACAUGGCAGAAACUACAAGGCAAUGCAAGAAGUUUCACACAGCUGUGCACCUGGCUGAGUCCAGGGAGCGAGAACAUGUCUGUCGCUACCAUUCCCAGCAGACAUCGAGGACUGCGGACCAGGAACCGAUUACUAGAGCAUCCAUCAAACGAGACAUUGAGCCUGAGGAUUUCGCUAUUGAAGUGUCUCCAGGCACCUAUUCCAUCACAGCAGCGAUGCAGGACUCAAAGCCACAUACCAAAACUGUCCGCAUCAAUGCUGGGGAAAGCAUGAGCCUCACAUUCAACCUCUGACUUUGAACAUCACCUGUCCAUUAUAUGGGUGACGUACAAUGCCUUAACAAUUCAGGACUUGCACUAAAAUUGCAAAUGAAAUUAAUGACUCAGAGUUCUUUUUAUCAGCCUUAAGUGUACACGUUUUCUACUCAGGGAGAUUUAUUUAUACUUUUUUUUUUUUUUUUAUAAUAAUUAAGCAUUUUAAAAUGUAUAUUGAGGCAUAGACACUAUAAUAAAACUCUAAAACA